CUUUGUGUCAAGGCCAAUUGCGGCAAACCUCUGAAGUGACAACAGGAAGUAACAUGUACUGGUGUAGUCCUUCAUAGUGCUCCAAAACUUACUCAGCUGUCCGCAGUGUGUCAUUCGCUGGCCACAGAGCAGAGCCGUGGAUGGACCAUGAUGUCAGAGCUCCAGUGAGAGGGCUGGGCCUGUCCCCUCAGACCCUACAGGAGAAGAGAGCUUUGGUCAGCGCCGUUAGUGUGGCAGUGGAAGCCAUCUUGGCACAAUUUAGCACUUCUCGGACCAUUGUGCAGAAGGCGUUAUCUGGAGACAGCACUGUAAAUCCGUCUCUGGGCCGCCUGGUGCUGCAGUGCCUGUGCCCCGCCCUGCACAGCCUGCUGACGGACGGCCUCAGACCCCAUCAAAGUGACCUCAUCGCAGGCAGGAGGCCAAACAACGCCUGGGGUUUGAUCCAAGCCUCCACACGGCCAGGCUCGAAAACACAAGCUCUUCAUAACCUACAAACUCGAGUUGGAGAUCUGCCUCAGCUCAAGCAGAGCAAACAUCGCUUCAAUGCAUUUAUCCUUGGCCUACUUAACAUCAAGCACCUAGAUUUUUGGCUGUCUCAUCUUCACACUAGCAGUGAUGUAUUGGAGACAUAUUAUCACCCGUCAUCGUUCAUGCGCCUGUCUUUGAGUGCUUGUCACGCCCAGUUUGAGGAACUGCUUUUAGUGCUUCAGCCGCUGAGCCUGCUGACCUUUAACCUUGAUCUGCUCUUCCAACACCACCACGUAGACCCCCACAACCUCAAGACCCCCAGUGCAGCAGGACAGGAUGCAGCGCCACAUGUCUCAAAUCAAACCAGUGAGACGAAGCAAUGUGAGGAGAAAUACAUGGAGUCGCUCUCUGAAGAAGAUAUUCAAAGUGGAGAAUGCAGACACGACACCACGUCCCAUCCAAACACCGAAGACAAUAGUACGACAAAGGAGGAGAGUUUAUUGGAGACCAGUCCUCAGCUGCGGUGGGUGAAGGAAAAGGAAAUCAGCUCUCUACCGCCCCCUAACAUCGAAGAGGACAGUCUGGCACAACAGGCUGGACAGGUGAUCCAGCAGGGAUGGGAGGUGAUGGUUCGCUGGGGAGGUCGUCUUAGUCAGAACUUGUCUGAGAUGAGUGCGGCUGCAGGGAAGAAGGAGGAGCAAAAGACCGAACAUCUCCAGGCUCACAGUGACUUUGUCCCGGUCAGCAGCAGCAGCAGCGGUGGUGCUGGGAUACAGAUGCUCUGGGGUCUGGACCGCCUCUUUGGGGCCCCGAAAUCAUCAACCAGUCCUGGUUCUCACCCUGCACCAACCAGGCGGCCCUCUCAGUGGUUGGCUCCUGGUGUGAGUGCGCUGACCAGGAUGGUGAGCAGCAGCACUGCUCCCAUGUUAAAGAAAGUGUCUGAACCCAAAGAGGAAACUUCACCAGAAACACAGGAGGAGGCUGAAGCGGUAGAGAUGAAGGACCAACCCAGACCACUCAGGUCAGUGCGAACAUUAUGUGACCACAGAGGCACUGGCGGCGAGCUCAGCUUCAAUAAAGACGAGGAGCUGCAGGUUUUGGGAGGGGUGGACCAAGACUGGAUUCGCUGUCGCCGCGGCAACACGGAGGGACUGGUGCCCAUCGGCUACACCUCUCUGAUCAUGUGACUGAACAACUGCUGCACUUAAACAAUAAUAAGAAACAAAAGACUUUAUUUUAGGUGAAGAUUGAGCGGUUCAUAUGAGACCCACUAUGGAGGAUAUGGAAACACCAGCUUGGUUGGAGUUUGAGUUGAGUGCAUCACACCAUCUGUUCAAAGUUUAUGCGCGUCAAGAACUGGCUGCAGCCCGAUCUCCCAUUACAAACAUAUGGGGUUUUUCUAUCACAAUCCAUCCAGUUUGGUCACAUUAAUCUAAUGGGUUUUAGCAGUACGGGAGCGGCAGAUGGUGCGAAAUGAUCACUCGAGUUGAAUUCCUUCCAUAUCACACUGGAAGAUAUUAUCCUUCUUUAGUAUCAGGCUCCCUCAGAUCACAGCCUUUUGGGAGUCAAAAUAAUACAAAUAACUCACGCCUGAAAUAGUGAGUCUUUCCUUUGUAAACUACUAUGAAAUCUAGCGUAUUGUUGAUGUGUUGAUCAAUGUUAUCUUGACCUCCCAAGUCAGAGGCUGCGUUCACACUUGCUCUGGUUUGGUUCUGGUUGGAUCCUGGUUUAGUCCUGAUGUAGACUUGGUUCGCUCUUGUUCUCCCAGUACUGGAUUAGCCCCGAUCUUGUCAAGGUUUAGCCCCAGUUUAGUUCCAGUUUUGAAAGUGUGAACGCAGACAUUUGUGACCUCUUGAUUCCAUUGCCUGGUUCAUGUGUGUUUGACCUGUAUUUGACUGUAUAAAGAAAUAUACAUAUUAUAUAGAAUAUACAUAGAUAUACAGUAUAAGUACAAAAAACAUUAUUUACUAAGAUAGUCAGAAAGCAGCUUAAAAUUGCAAUUAUGUUAAAGGUACAUUGUGCAGCUUUUCUGGUGAAGUGCCCGUGAUUUGCUUGCCUCCGUGGAGAUGUUGUUGCUGUGCCUGGAAUGUUCCACAGUUUGACAUUAAACUAUUUCACUUUAUUGAGACAAGCAAGUGAUGCAACUAGGCCAAGACACAGGUUAGAUCUGUGGAGAGUCGAGCCCACUCACAAUAAUAAUGCAUGUUUUUCAAGACGACUUCGUUUGCACUAUAACACCUGUAAAAUUGCAACUUGGAUAGAUAAAUAUAAUGCCAAACUGUGGAAAAUUCCAAGAAAAUUAACUAAAUUAACAUCUCCAUGGCACUCCCUCCAUCAGAAAAGCGACACAGUGCACUUUUAAGUUAGUUGUUUUAUCUGCAACUUUACAAGUGAAUUAUAUUGACGUAUGGAAACAUUUAUCGUCCAUCUUGUACGCCAUCAUACCAUAUUAUUAGAUUUUGCCUCAUAACUUCCACUGUAUGCUUUGUAAUGUGCCCGAGUGCUUUGAAUGAAUGCCAGACACAUAAAAAAGAGAUCUACCCUCCCACGUAGGAACCAACAGCAAUCUGUAGCCAAUCAUUCUACCCUCAUGUCCAACGUGGUUUAAAUUUAUGCCCCAUAAAACUCUACUUGCUCUUGUUAAACACUAUAUAAAGUUGAACAGAGUAGGAUCGCCCUCAUAUGGUUGUUUGUGCUGUGCGAAGUCUGUAACAUUGUCGGCUGACUACAGUAUAUCCUCAUUUUCCUCCAUCUUUGCUUCGUUAUCAUAGUUCGUAAUGCUGGUGAUCUGGUGGAUGUGAUGUACUGAGUCUAGUGUGAACUACAACUCAUGUAUAUAUUGCGUUAAAGCGCGUCAAAGCCCUACUGCGGAACAUUUCACUCAAUAAAUACGCUUUGGUUUUUGUUUGUUUUUGCUUUUUUUUUUAACAUCAGAAAGCAUACGUUCUUAUUCUGAGCGGGCUUGCCUAUCCACAGACUUGACUCGCUAUCUGCUCGUCUCCAUGGAGAUGCUACUGCUUUGGUUUAAGGCACCGCUGAUACCAUAAAAUAACGUGUCCAGAAAUUGCAACGUCAUCGUGAAGUUGCGUAAUAGGAAUGGUUUGGUAUCAGCAACUUGCAAGAGCUCAUUUGAUGACCCGUAACCUGAAAUGUUCCGCAGUAUGACUUUAGCGUGACAUUUCUUCCUGAUAUUACGCCAUAAGGACUAUGCAUAUGCACCACGCUUUUGUUUACCCAUGUUUUAUUUGCAUGCAUGUUCACACAAACCUACUCAGCCAAUGCAGAAAUGUCUGUCUAAAACGGCAGGCAUAGGAGGACCUCUUUAAGUUAUCAGGUUAAUAAUAAAAUGUAUUUAAAAUCAGGGAAAAUUUAAGCUUCUUCAAAGAUUCCUCAUGUUAUGUUGAUGUAGCAUGAGAUUCAGUCAAGUAGCAUCCAAACCCUGAGCAGUAUAAUGAAAAAAUGCAUCUUCAUUGUCAUAGAAAGACAAAAUAAUAGAUAGACAGGUAGUUAAGAUAAAGCUAAAACCUGAGUUAUUUUUGUGUAUAUUCCAAAUGUGAGAUAUGAAAUACAAAUGUUAAUUUAUUGGAUGUAAUAUUUAUUGAUCUUGGAUGAAAGAGUGCUUUAAUUUGUUAUGUUUUGUGGGGUGAAAGCAGAGAUGGGGCUUAGUGCAAUGCAGACUGCACACCCUGCACUUUCACUGUGUGCAAGUGUGUGAUCAAAUGUAAAAAUAACUCUUCUCCUUCUCUUUGGUAUUGUGCUCCCUGUUAUAGCUGUACCAGUUCUCCAGACCCAAAACUAUUGCAUAAGAUUGUAUUCCUCUAGUGUUAGUCACCGUCCGCUGCCUGCAUGUGCUUGUUUGUAAAUACACCCAAUAAAACAAGUGAAAACCAAACAA